GCGAAGUAUCACCGAUUCACCUUACAGGAUCCAACUCCCUUCUUCCUUCCUCCCACCCACCAAAUGCCAGUUCUCUGAGAACUCUCCCUCCUCCUCUAAUCUCUGAAAGCUGAAAGCUUCAACAUUUCCAAAUCCCCAUUGGAGAUAUUAUUCGAUCAGGGACCCAAUUGGUUGUUUGGAAUCAAAGCCGUGGUGAUACGUCGUCGUUUGGCUCGGAAAGAUGGUUUAUCACUCUAGUUUCGUCAACGAUGAAGGAAUUACUAAAGCUUGUGGAUGCCCUCUGUUGCCGUUGAAAAGCCACAUAAAGGGACCUGCCCCGGUUUCAGAGCAAGAUAGAACGGAUAUUGUUGAUGAAGCGAUUUCAUUCUUUCGCGCUAAUGUUUUCUUUAGGAACUUUGAUGUUAAGAGCUCAGCCGAUAAGCUCCUCAUUUAUUUGACAUUUUAUAUCAAUGUGGCUUUGAAGCGGCUUGAGGGUUGCAGAACUUUGGCUGAAGGAACCAAGGCCAUUAUUAAUUUGGGACUAGAAAAAGUUCCUGUUCCUGGAGAGCCGAGUUUCCCUUUCCCGGGACUUUUCCCUCUUCCUCAGUCCCAGCAGGAAGCAGAAUUGCUGAGGAAUUAUUUGAAGCAGAUACGGGAGGAAGCAAGCGGGAGAUUAUUGAGCGUUGCUUAUAGACCGAACGGGACUCCCAAUAAGUGGUGGUUGGCGUUUGCCAAAAGGAAAUUUAUGAACAUCAUUGUUCCAUCGGCCUGAAUCGAAUAGCUGCUGUUGUGGAUUCUACACGGUCAGUAGUCUAGUGAUGUUGAGCCACCAGAUUACCUUGCAAAUCAGAGAUACCUCUUUCCGCAACUUACGGUUUAUUCUCUCUCUUUCUUUUCCUACAGAGUCCUGUAUUCGAAUAAAAAAACCGACUAUUCUAUCGACGAUGAGUUAUCUGACAACUACUCUUUCAUGCCAAGUUACGAAAAAUGCACCAGAGUACACACAAAAUACGCCCAUGUGAAGGAUAUUCAUUUCAUACUCAGUCAUUUGUUUGUAUUUUGACCAAAAUAUGUUCUCUCUAGCAUCCCUGUCAUCGACCCGCUUCACCUUCAGGAAAUGAUACAGUGCGCGGAGGACCAUGUCAUUCGUACUUUCAUAGACGGAGUAGUGAUGACGUGGUCCUCCGUAUUGGCACAAGGAUUCUUCUCAA